AUGGUUAAAAACAUUCAGCUGUUGUGCGACACAGAGUCUAAUAGUCCAACAUGUCCAAACUAUGGGAAGCAAGAGGAAGACCGUAUCCGGCAGCAGCAGGAGGAGAUGGAGCGGCGAAGACAGGAGGAGCAACGAAGGCGACAGCAGGAGGAGAUGGAGCGGCGAAUACAGGAGGAGCAACGAAGACAACAGCAGGAGGAGAGGAGGCGCCAGGAGCAACUGGAGAGGGAGAGGACGAUCCAGCAAGAAAUCGAAAGGGAGAGCGAACUUUUGGGUAAGAAGGUGUCAAAGGGACGAGAAAAGCUGAGACAGAAGCUGAGACUAAAAGGACAACAGCGCCAUCACCAGCGUAAACAGGUACUACACCAGAUGAUAGAAGAUGACGCUGCAGCAAUCAGAAGGGAUGAGCCAGGGGACUUGAAAAAUAAGUUUGAAGAUCUUCUGAAGAAAUACGAGAUCACUGAAGACAAAGGCAUGCAGGAGGACAAACUUGAAAACCGAAUGAAAAAUCUUCAGAAUGAACUAACCCUUAAAUACUUUGGAGAGCCUCAACUGUCAAUCUGGUGUCAGUUGACCAUAGAUCGUGCUAUCAGCCAAGGAGAGCAAUCGCUCACUGAGCAGUUUAGCAUCCUCAUGGCUGUGACAGAGCUAACGUUGACCAACGACUCGGACACAGACAGUAAAGAGGACCAACUACUUGACUGGGACCAGAAGUAUGACUUUCUCAUCCGUCUUCUUGAACAGCUGUACAGCACAAAUCCCACAGUGGCUCAACAACUUGUUCUGAGCAUUCUUGAUGUGUUCACAGAGGUGUCAGAGAAAAACAAGGGGCUCCUUAGUCAAAUUCUCUUCAACAUGAUCUGGACACCUUCAGAAAUUCUGCUCUUUUUGCAAGGUGUUUCAGGCAUAAACCAAGAGUUAGCAACCUCAAUCCUUCAUACUGUGCAGACAAACAAGCUGGAUCUUCUCUCUACUCUCUCUGCCCUGAAAGAUAAAGACCCUGUCAACUCUCUACAAUGGUAUGCUGAGGCAGAAGGGAACAAGGAUGCCGACACCAUUGUGAAUGAAAUGCCAAAUGAAAAGUACCCAGAGAAAAUAUUGUCCAUAAUGAAGGAAAUUCUAGGAUAUAUGACAGAGGAACUUCCAAAACAUGCAAAGGAGGACUUGGAUCAGGUAAAGAUAGAGGAAGCAAAGCAGAUGACCUUGCUGUUCUCAAGGAGGUCCUAA